AUGAUCACAAGGAUUCUUGAUUUCAAGUUGAAAUUAAAAAAAAUCAAAAAUUUAAAUGAAUAUAAUAUGAAGAACAAAACUAUUUAUAUAGAAAUUAAAAACUUGAAUAGUAAUUUAAAAAAUAAUAAUUAUAUUGUAUUAAACAAAAUAAUUCAAGAACGAUAUGGUAAAUUUAAACUGGUCGAAAAUGUAAACAAUGCAUUUGUGAUUCUUUUCGAAAAUAGUAUAUCCCAAGUUAAACGUAUGCGUGAGGAUACUAAAGAAUUGGAAAACCAGUAUGGCUUUACAAUACAAAUUAUAGGAAAUCAUACAGAAAAAGUAUUAUCAUUGGAAACAAUAGAUUUAUUUAAAGAUUGGGGCUUGUUGUGUGCAAGAGUUCUCAGUGAUUUAGAAUUGAUGAAUUUGUCAUUAACCAGUAAAGAAAUACAAUCCCGUGUUCAACAAUUGUGUGACUCAAUAUGUAGCUUUCAAAUUGGUACAUAUUCAAAUAAGAUUCACAUUUUUGGUCUCGAGCUUAUGUCUAGCAACAGAUACAACUGA